AUGAAUCAUAACUCUAUGAAAUACAAUAGGCCUAAAAGAGCUUUAACAACAUUAGAGAAGAAAUAUGAUAGAAGUGCUUUCAUUAAUAGAAAUCCUAAAACAAUGCUAAGAGAUCUUUUGUUUGAAUAAAAUGUAUAGUAAAGUUAAUAAUUAAAGAUUUUAUAGACUGAAAUAAGCAAAGAAUAAAAAAUGUAUCAGAUUCCAAUAAAUUCCAAUGUCUUACAGAUAUUCUAUAGACAUACCAGAUUUAGAUGAAUAUUUUGGAAUGAAAGAAUAGAUUUAAAUCGAAAAUUGUAUUUAAGAUUGCAAGAAGAAAGUUAAUGUUUGUAAAAACAGAUUGGAACAAUUGAAAUUUAAGAUUAAUGAUUAAUAUAUUUAAGAGAUGGAAGAAUAAGACAUAAGCGAAUUAUAAUAAGUUUAACUACCGAAGAAUUGUAAGACAAAACAAGAGGGAAAGGAUUAUUGUUAUUACUAGAAUAGAAUUCACACUACAAUUAGUGAUAAUUAUUCACGAAAAACAAAUUAAGUCGAUAAAUUUAACUAAACUUUAUACUUUUUAAUGAGCAAUAGAGAUAGAUCGUUAGAAGAAAAAUCAGAAAAAUUAAAUAAUACGAUUUAAGGUCAAAGAUUCUUGGAUGAUACCUAGAAUGAACUUAAAAAAUCGCUUAAUUAUAGUGUUAGGUAAAGUUUAUAGCAGAAAAAUAAAUUCCUUUCUAUGUUAUAAUAAUUAUAGAAGGAAAAGGAGAGCAUUGAUAAUUCAAAGAGGAAAAGAUUGCAAAAGCUAAGGAAACAAAUAUUGGAAGGAUAGUUUGCAGAAAUAUGA